AACCAGAUUGGAGUUUCAAGGGUUUUAGACCACCAAAGACCAUUUUUUAAAAUUUCUCGACCUAGAGACCAAACUAAUACUACAUAUCUUAGAUACGGUCUAGUCUGGUCCGGUCUAUUUUUCCGGUACUGGCGUACUCCGUAUCAAAGGCAGCGAAAACAACACACAAUAAACCCAAAACCCUGGUUUAAAAAAAAAAAAAACCCAGCUUUAAUACUCAAAUCAGACCAGAGUAUUCAUUCAUUCAUCAUUUGGAAUUCUGCAAAUUGAAAUUGUUUCUCCAGCAUUUCAAUUUGCAGAAUUUGCAUGGUUUUUUUAGGGUAAUUUAGAAACCAUCACCAACAAUGGCGGCAACCGAUUCAAGUAAAUUGGAAUGCAGCACUUGCGGCUACCUUGGUCUUUACAUGGACGAAGACGAUGGCCGCUUCUACUGCACCAACUGCAACUCCCAAGCCGCCGACAUCAUCGACAACGCCAACGCCGACGAAGAUUUCAUCGACAAAGGCACCCAUGGCGGCGCCAUCUACAACGCCGCACACAGACGCGCUGCCCCUGUUCCUGCCCCCGACACUGAACCCCACGAAACCCAUCUGGGUCCCACUGAACCUUCCGAUUUUGGGAAGACCCCUAAAAGGGGUGAUUUCAGUGAAGAAGAUUACUGCAAUGCUAUUCGUCAGAGAUAUGUUUUGGGUCUUCAGUUAAUGCUUCAGUUUCAGUGUGAAUCUCUUGUGCAGAAUUUUGGUGUUACUCCUUUGAUUUGUGGGAUUGCUGCUUCUAUUUGGUUGCGCUUUCUUGCUUCUACUCGGGUUUUUGACGAUGAUUGGGCUGAUAAAACUAUCAUGGAUUCUGAAACUGGUGAAAAGAGAUUACAAGUCGGAAGCCAUUGUAAAAAGGAGCCUCGAAAUAUGCUUAACGAACGUAUGGUAGUCAUAUGGAUUAAAUCUUUGAAAAAAAGGAUACCCUUAUCAUGCUCCUUGGCUGUUUCGUAUUUGGCCUGUCAUAUUGCUAAAGAACCGGUUCUUCCAACCGAUAUUAUAAAAUGGUCUAUUGAAGGGAAGCUUCCUUAUUUUGGUGCUUUUCCUAAGAUUGCUGAAUCCAUCAUACAGAUUGAGAAAUACCAUCAACAUGCUUCGGUGGUAUGUCCAUUAAAAGCAAGUUCUAUGUUUAAGCCUAAACAACUUCCUUUACAGAAGUUGGAGUCAAUGGCAGCAUCUAUAGCUCAAUCUGUAGGCCUGAAUUUGCCCCCAGUCAACUUUUACCGAAUAGCUUACCGUUAUCUAAAGCAGUUAUCUCUUCCUGUGGAAAAAAUUCUUCCAUAUGCCUGCCGCAUACAAGAGUGGUCAAUGCCUCCUGAUUUAUGGUUGUCUGCAAGUGAGGAAAAGCUUCCGUCUCGUGUUUGUGUGAUGUCAAUACUGAUUGUCACAAUUAGGAUUCUAUAUAAUCUCAAUGGUUUUGGCAAGUGGGAAUCUACUUUGUCUCCUCCAAUUGUCUCUUCAAAGGAUGGUCAGGCAGCAAGUUUUGACAAGUCCAAUGCAAAGAAGGGGGCUGAAGAAGCACCUACAAAAUUGAGUGGAGAACCUGAGACAAAUUUGUUGUCUGUUCAUAAAUUUGAAUCUGAUAGCACUGAGCUUUUGCGAAACCUUGAAAAGAAAUACGAUGAUUUGGGUGAUAAAUUUGAAUAUUCCAAAGAUUUACCAACCUAUCUUCAGUAUUGCAAGGAUGUCGUAUUUGCUGGUGUUGAGCCAUUAUACAAGGAUCCUACUUUUAUAGAAGAACUUUGGGAUUUUUAUGAGAAAAAUCGAGAGGACAUUAAAACAUCUGGGAAGUUUGAAUCUGGAUCAAAUCAGAAGAGGUCAAGGGACAAUGAUAAAUUUUUCAGUACCCCAUCAAAGGGCAGCAAGAAGCAUAAUGAUAAAGAAAUUUCCAGCUCUCCAGCAGCUGAUAGUGGGUUUCAGUCUAACUAUAACAGCCCCAACUGGGAUCCAAGUGCUGAUAAUACUCAGCAAAGUUCACAAACAUGUCAAUUUCCAGCAACUAUGGAUAGAGAUGAGUCUUCAUCUCAAAAUUUGGAAGAUAUAGCUCUUAAAUAUCUGAAAAUAGAUAUGGAAGAACACCGUUUCUGUUACAUACCACCAAGGGUGGAAGUCAAGAGACGCGACCACCUGCACUAUUCACGGAAGAGGGGUGAUGGUUCUUUAGGCUACGUUGCCCAUGCUGAUUACUAUAUCCUACUUAGAGCUUGUGCAAAAGUGGUCCAGGUUGAUAUUCGUAUUAUGCAUAUCGGUGUACUCAGUUUAGAAAGAAGAUUGGGAUGGAUUGAAAAGUGGAUUGAUCAUAGUUUGGUGGAAAAAUGUUCUGGUGGCCCUGUUGAAAAUGUGGAUGAUUCAGAAGAUGAAUCUGUUAAUUUAUCUAAUAUUAGUAUAUAAUUUGUUGGUGGGAAAAAUUGCUAGACUUUGGGGAUCAUCAGCUAAUGAAGUCAUCAGCAGUCGUUAGUGAGAGGUAGAGACAAUUUUCCAGUGUUUGCUCACAAGAAUGAAUAUCUAGAAGAGGCUUCCCAGUAUGCGCAGUGAGAUAUCCCUGCUGUCUUUUACUAUCCUAGUGUUGAAAAGGUGUGGUGAGGGUGGUUUUGUGCUGGUCAAGCUUGAAGAGAAACAGCUUCCAGCUGCAGAUUGGUCAGGAGAAUUUUCCAGAGCUGCUACAGUUGCAAUGCGUUUUGGGGGGAUAAAUAUCAGAGAACUGCAUGAGUGCACUUUGAGAUGGUCUUUUGUUAUGUACAAUUGUACAGCAGGCAGCAGAAGUGUGCAGAUUUUCUAUGAUUAUCAUGAACUGUGCGAGGACACUGUGAGACAGUCUUUUGUUAUGGUUCGGCUGGCUGUAAGCUAUCUUGCAGCAUACCAACAUUACCAAGAGGCAGUAAGCAUAAAUGGUUCUGGUUCAGGAUGGUGCAGACGGGGGCAGUGACUCUUGGUAGCCCCUUUCAGCAUGUCAAUCAAGGAUAAACACUGAUGAUGUGUUCUAGGCUCAUUGGAUUUGUGGAUAAGGGUUGUUUUCCGUAAUCAAGAAUGCUUGCAAGCUAGUGAAAGAGCAGUGAGAAGUCUUUGAUUUUUGAGGCAAGAGUCAUGGACUUGGGACUCUUGUUUUCGCAAGACAUAGUGAUAUGCUGCAAGGCUUGCAACUAAACUUUCUGCUAUACAAUUAUCUUCAAGUCAUUAAUAUGCUCAAAGUGGUUAAUUUUUUUUUAAUUUUGUUUUAAUUUUUUUUACUAUUUUUUUUUGUUGGGGGGGGGUGUGGGGGAGGAAAGAGGUAAAGAUCUUAUUUGUUUUGUUCCUUGCUUUUCUAUAUUCAUUGCGAGUAAACCAAAUGUUUCAAUUUCUAUCUCAUAGGAAGCCCUAACCCUUCAUGUGUUUAGGUGGUUAGCAGUUUGACAUCGAUUAUGGAUGUAAUUGCUUCUGUUUUCGUUUCUUUAUCUAUAUCUAUAUAUUACUAUAAAGUGGAGUUUGGCAACGCUACUCUAACAAAUUUUAAUGAGUAAUGUACAAUAGAUUUCUCUAUGGUCAUGCCUCAUGCUUGCUUUUGAUCUUUGUUUCUAUAUAAAAGAAAGCCUGCUUUGUUCUCAAUAUUGCCUCUUCUCCAACCUCUUAUGUAUAUAGAGUUGGGAUUUGUACUGUCAAAUAGAAAUUGCCCAUGCUUAAGAUUUAGCUUCUCCCUGUUCUCAAUUGUAAUAUACUCCAUAUAUGCAUCACAACUAGUUUAUUUGGUAAAAUAGGGAUGAGUGGUGGUGGUCGUUGUGCCUAUGACUCUUCAUCAGCAUCCUUUGGGUUUCUUUUACACCAAUGCACCAUAAUAAAUAUUUGGAAAUAUGCAAGUGAAAAUUUAAUUUUAUUUAAAGCUAAAACAUAGGUGAUGUGAUGCUUGACUGCAUGAAGAUUUGUAAUCAUCAUCAUCAAGUUACUCCAUAGUGGAUUGGUGGGUUUCCUCCCGGCACUCCGGCUCCCAUGGUUUGUGUACCCAAAGGAGCCUGUCCGUUUUGCAAGUCAUAAGGUUUCAAAUCCCCUACAUUAAGAUGCUUGGAUGCAGUUGCCAUUGAAUUAGAAGAGGAAGUUGACUCUAAUGGAAAGAAUCAAGUGUGAUAUAUAUAUUCAGUGGGAGAAGAAAAGAGAAUAGCUGCAAUAGAGGGAAAUUCAAGGGUUUCUGCAGCAACCCAGUAAUGGUAGUGGUUGCGGUGGCAGGAGUUUCGUCAUAGGGGAUUGAUCAAUCAACUGGUUCAUUUCCGAGUCCCUGCAGCAUAAUGGCCUGUGGUCUAGAGAGGAUCCCCUUUCCUGGGCUUCCCUAGCUAGCCACUUGCACCAGGUAGAAUAAGGGUGAACACUGACGCUGCAAUCUUGGAUGGAAUAGGGACAGGAUUGGGAGCAGUGUAUCGAGAUGAUAGUGGCAAGGUUGUAGCUGGGGCUGUACGAAGAGAGAAAGUGGACAGUUCUGUGGAGUUGGUGGAAGCUUUGUCGGUGAGAUUUGGGAUCUUGGGGUUCACUCAGGUGGAACUUGAAUGUGACGAAAUAGAUGUUGUGAGGAACUAAGGACGGUCAAUCAAUGAAAAUAUGGUUUCUAGUCAAAGUAACAAUCCAAGGAAUGAUCAGAUUGUGAACAAGAAAUGGAGGAAUGAUCAGAUUGUGAACAAGAAAUGACAGGCACCCAAAGAAGGAUUCUUCAAGAUCAAUACAGACGGUGCUUAGGUAAAUAAUUAAAAGCUCUGUUGAUUCAUGGUAUGUUGGAUUUUCCUGCAAGUAUAGUGCUGUAUCAACUCUUGCAGCAGAGCUCUAUGCUAUGAACCACGGUUUAGCCAUAGCUGAGGACUUAAAGCUAAAGAAAAUCGAGAUUGAAACAGAUGCAGAAUCAUUGAGGACAAUGCUUCUAACUUCAGGCUCCAAUCCACACCAUAAAUUAGCUGCUGCUGUGUAUGAUGUAGCACAGAUUUUAAGGAAGUUUGAAGUGGCUAUUGUGACUCACGUUCCAAGGAAAGAAAUAAGUUAGCUCAUAGCCUUGCGUUGUUUGGCAAAAAUAUGGCAGUGGGCUAUAAGACACACUUCAUAGUGCUUGAAUGUGUUCAGUUCCUGUGUGAGGAAGAUUUGGAAGGCAUUGCAGCUGCUUCAGUCAUCUAGUUUCUGCGAUAGUUCCCCUCUUCUUGCUUUAUGGAAGUUUCUUUUGGGUAUGGGUUGUAUGACUGUCAGUUUAGGUUGGUUGAUUAGCUUUGUUUUAUGAUAGAUCAGUGUGUUGGUCUGCUUUUGUUGUGCAUCAAUUUUGUCCCUUGUACAAAGUGGGAUGCAGUUUGUAAUUAAACUAUGGCAGUUAGCCUAUUAAUCUGUCAUCUCUUUUAUUUUAGGAAAUUUUGUCAAAAACCACCCGUUAAAAACACUUUUUUGCCAAAAACCACCCACUUAAAAAUUUGUUGUCCAAGACCACCCAAAUUAAAAUUUUUGUUGUCAAUGACCACCUGACUCAACAUUCCGGCAUUGACCAUAAACUUCGGCGUUGACUUGGGGCACACGUGUGACUUGCACAUGACUUUUAAUGGCCACCCACCAGACCACAUCACCACCAUCACAUACCGCAUCACCACCAUCUCAGACCCAACCACUGUCACAACCGCCACAACCACCCCAAAAACCCAGCGAAGUCCACGCCUGAUUGGGCUGAAUCCACCCCUUCACCCGAAACGAACCUAGAAAAACCCAUCUACCUAGCCAAAAAACGCGCCCAACUCCAAUCACGAAAAGUCGAAAACCCGACCACCUCCACCACCUAAAUUUUUCCUUCUCUACCUCCACUAAAGUGUUGCAUCGGAAAUGAUACUAGUACCUCAGUCAACCCAGACCAAAUCACUCCAAGGACAACAGAAUUAACCUUGAUAUUAUCUUUUGCCCAUUCACCUGCCAAAUUCUUUGCUAGUGCCAUGGCAUUUGAUAUUGGAUCUGUUAAUGGGGCAGCAAAAGGUCCAAAAACCAUUCGUUGCUAGUACGAUGUUGCCUUGUCUUGAGGCCGUAAAGAGUGGAUAUGCAAGUUGAGAUAAAUUGUAUACUGACGACGAAGACGAAGUGGGUAUCAUAGUAAUUCGAGAUCCAAUGAGAAAGCCAUUAAAGAAACAGAGAUCGGAAAAUCGCUGGUUGUUUUCCGACGAAGAUGAAGUGGGUAAAUAAUUGCACAUUGGAAUAGGAAGACGACAAGGAGAAAGAAAGGUCGGAGGGAAGAAGUGUAUUGGCCAAAAGGGUAGACGACGACGAGAGAGCAAUUCAGAGAGAAGAAGUGAGCGCCGGUGACGGCUUUUAGGGGCUUAAAUGAGGUGAAAUGCGAGAUGUGAGAGAAAGGGGGGUUCAUUAGCUAUCACAUGCAAGUUACGUGGGGUAGGUCAAUGCCGGAGUUUUGGGUCAACGCCGGAAUAUGGAUUCAGGUGGCGUUUGACAACAAAUUUUUAAAAUUGGGUGGUCUUGGGCUACAAAUUUUUAAGUGGGUGGUUUUUGACAAAAAAGUGUUUUUAACGGGUGGUUUUUGACAAAAUUUCCUUUAUUUUAUUUUUUUUUUUAAAAAAAAUCAUCAAAUGUGGCGGUGUAUUCAUAUUUUACCUUACAAUGAAUUUAGCUUUAAUCUCUUGCCUUACAAUGAAAAUAGAAUAAAGUUUGGGGCAUAAUGGGAAAUGUUC